AUGAGAUACCUAUCGGACAGACCUGAAGUUGAAUUGAAUUUUUAUUUCAAUAUUUCCCGAAAACUUAUACCAAUUGAUGAGGACAUCAUUGAAGCCGAGUUUCAUAUCUAUAAACUCAAGUCGUCUAAGACUAAGACUAAGUAUACCAUUAAUGGACRARAAGAAGAAGAAGAUCCCAAACAUAACCUUUUAGAGGUUAAAGUUUAUCAGUUAUUAUCAAAAACUGUAUCAAAUACUAGUCAAAGACGAUUGCUUGAUAYYAGACGUAUGACAACACAGUCCAUGGGUUGGGAUGUGUUUUAUGUUAAACAAGCGGUCGAGGACUGGAUCCGUGAGCCGACUAAUAAUUAUGGUCUUCAAAUAACUGUUAAAUCAUUGUUGGAUGAARACAUGGAUAAUGGUAUCAAAUUUGCUUAUAGAUAUCGUAAUCAUAUAAAYAGACAGCCAAUGAUUGUCUUAUUUGAGGCAAAAUAUUUCCUAAAUGUUAGUCUAUUGUGCAAACAACACGACUACGGAUUCAGUCAAUUGGAUGACAAAAAUAUUAGACGAAGAAAAAGAAGUAGUAGUAGUAGUAGUGAUGACAUGAAUUCAGAUGAAAGUAAAUUAAAUGAAGACAACAAUGAAGAAGAAGAAGACGAAGAUAUAGUAGAAGAAGAUGUAGAAGAGUUUGAGAUGUCAUCGUCUAAUGAAAUCAAUAAAUCAUUGGCUCAGUCGUCGUYGUCGUCRUCACCACAGAGUAGGCCAGUGCUGACUAUUGAUAAUAAGUCGACAACUAAUGAUGACAACAAUCCUACGCCAAAAGUCUGUUUUCGUAGACAAAUAUAUAUCGAUUUCGAAAGYAUCGGUUGGUCUGCAAUGAUAUUACCCAAAGGACUGACAACCUAUCUGUGCGAUGGUAUAUGUCUGACAACAMCAACWACUAAACAAACGGACAGUAGGUUUGCUGCYAMUAAUAGAUUGAUCGAAAAUGUUUGCUGUAUUGCCAAUGAUUUAAAUACAUUGACUGUCAUGUAUUUUGAUGAUCGGGGAAACGUUAUACUCAAACGGGUCGAUAAUAUGCUGGCCAAUGGUUGCGGAUGUCAUCMWUAAGUCGCGGAURAUAUUAAUUGCGUGUGUUUUUUAAAAAAA